UUCCUCUUUCUCUCUUUUACACGGCGGCGGUUUCGAAUCAAGAACAAGCGGCCGCCGGAGUUACAUAUGAUCGUAAUCGGAGAAAUGGUCCGGCGAGCGCGAGAGAUAAUAGCGAUGAUUAUCUUCGCCGUGUUUUCGAGCGCCGCCGGACUGACGCCGCCGUACUGGAAUCGGGGCGGCGGAGCGAGUUGCAGUCACUGCCUGAGUUGGCGGCUGGCGGCGGAGACGAACAAUGUAGAGCCGUGGAGGACGGUGCCGGCGCAUUGCUGCAGCUGCGUCGGAGCAUACAUCACCGGCGGGCAGUACCAGCACGAUCUCCGAUUCGUGGUGGAGCAGAUUCUGACCUACGCCGACGAGAUCCCGGUCGCCGGCGACGGAUUGGACGCUUGGAUCCUUGAUGUAGAUGACACCUGCAUCUCCAAUGUUGAUUAUUAUAAAAGCAAGAGAUAUGGGUGCGAGCCGUACGAUCCGGCGGCGUUUAGGUCAUGGGCGAUGGAGGGAGAAUGUCCGGCGAUCCAAUCGGUGGCGGAGCUGUUCGCAAAGCUCAUAGAAAGCGGCUUCAAAGUCUUCCUCGUCACCGGCCGCGACGAAGAGAAUCUCGGCCAAGUCACCUCGGAGAAUCUCCACCGCGAGGGCUUCGUCGGCUACGAACGCCUAAUCUUAAGGUCCGCGGCGGAGAAAGGGAGGAGCGCGGUGGAGUUCAAGACGGAGGUACGGCGGCGACUGGUGGAGCAAGGGUACCGUAUUUGGGGUAAUGUUGGAGAUCAGUGGAGCGAUCUUCGAGGGGCAUUUGUGGGAAAUCGUACUUUUAAGUUACCUAAUCCUAUGUAUUUCGUUCCUUAAAUGUCAAUAAAUUAGAUGAAAAUGUCGUAAAAUAUCGAUAGCUAAAAUUUCGAAUGUCGAUAAAAGAUAUCGACGUUCGUAAUACGAACAUUGUUUUAAUUGAUAAUAAGUGUUAUACUCUUUACGUGAA